CGGUCGUCAAGCUGCGGGACGGCGGGACCCGCGUGAUGCGGUUGGGGUCCACAACGAAGAAAUGGGCUUAUAGCUUCGGAGACGGACAGGCCGAUGGGAGAGCUGACAUGAAGCAUUUGUUGGGCGGCAAAGGUGCCAAUUUGGCGGAGAUGGCAUCCAUCGGUCUACCGGUGCCUGCAGGUUUCACCUUGACCACCGAGCUGUGCACUUAUUUCUACGAGAACAAUGGCAGCUACCCUCCCGAACUGAGGAAACAGGCCGAGUCAGCCUUAGCCUUUGUCGAGUCGCGUAGCGGUCGUCGUUUCGGCGACGCGCGGAAGCCGCUGCUGCUGGCCGUGCGCUCCGGGGCGCGGGCGUCGAUGCCGGGGAUGAUGGAUACCGUGCUCAACCUGGGGCUCAACGACCAGACCGUCGAGGCCUUGGCGCAGGAAACGGGCGACCGACGUUUCGCCUUCGACAGCUACCGUCGCUUCGUGCAGACCUACACCGUGACGGUGCUGACAAAGCGCCCGGAGCUGCGGCGGCGCUUCGAAAAAGUCAUGGAACGCGCCAAGCAACGACGGGAGGUGACAGAUGACCACGAGUUGCUUCCAGAAGAUUUAGAGCAGUUGGUUUCUGACUACAAAACGGCAGUGCACUUGGAACUGGGCGUCCCCUUCCCUGAAGAUCCUGAAGAGCAACUGUGGGGAGCCAUCGGCGCCGUGUUCAACUCCUGGAUGAACCCAAGGGCCAAGACCUAUCGACAGCUUCACGGCAUGCCUGAGAGCUGGGGAACCGCCGUCAAUGUGCAGGCCAUGGUCUUUGGAAAUUUGGGGAAGGAUUGUGC